AUGGCUGUUCGCGCGCAAUUCGAGAACUCAAAUGAGGUCGGCGUUUUCUCUUGCCUGACAAAUGCCUACGCUAUCGUUGCGGUUGGUGCCUCGGAGAACUUCUACAGUGUAUUCGAAUCCGAACUCCAAGAUGUCAUCCCCAUCUGCCACGCAACCAUCGCCGGAACCCGCAUUGUCGGUCGUCUAAUCGUCGGUAACCGCAAAGGUCUCCUCGUCCCAACAACCACCACAGACCAAGAAUUGCAACACUUGCGCAACACGCUCCCGGCUGAAGUCAAAAUCCAACGCAUAGAAGAGCGCCUCUCCGCGCUCGGCAAUGUUAUUUGCUGCAACGAUCACGUUGCAAUCGUGCACCCCGAUCUGGAGCGUGAGACUGAGGAGAUCAUCGCCGACGUCCUCGGCGUAGAAGUCUUCCGCCAAACAGUAGCCGACAACGUCCUCACGGGCUCGUACAUGGCCCUCUCGAACCAAGGUGGAAUCGUGCACCCCAAGACCUCAAUCCGCGACCAGGACGAGCUCUCCUCGCUCCUGCAAGUUCCCCUCGUGGCAGGCAGUGUGAACCGCGGCUCCCCGGUCGUAGGCGCCGGCAUGGUCGUCAACGACUGGCUCGCUAUCACCGGACUGGACACCACAGCCACGGAGCUGAGCGUUGUCGAGUCUGUGUUCAGACUUGGCGAGAUGGCACCCGGUGGUGCCGGCGGGGCUGGUGUUAAUAAGGAUAGUAUUGUGGAGAGUUUCUACUAG